CAGAUGUUUCAGACACAUUUCAGCCUCUGCUCUGGGGAUUUAUCCUGAGCAGCCCCUAACAGGCUAUUCCUUCUCUACAACUGAGAUAUGAUCAUCUUAAUUUACUUAUUUGUCUUGCUGUGGGAAGAGGCUCACGGAUGGGGAUUCAAGAAUGGAAUUUUUCAUAACUCCAUAUGGCUUGAACAAGCAGCAGGCGUGUACCACAGAGAAGCGCGGUCUGGCAAGUACAAGCUCACCUAUGCAGAAGCGAAGGCGGUGUGUGAAUAUGAAGGUGGCCGUCUUGCCACCUACAAGCAGUUAGAGGCAGCCAGAAAAAUUGGAUUUCACAUCUGUGCUGCUGGGUGGAUGGCCAAGGGCAGAGUUGGAUACCCCAUUGUGAAGCCAGGGCCCAACUGUGGAUUUGGAAAAACUGGUAUUAUUGAUUACGGAGUCCGUCUGAACAGAAGUGAAAGAUGGGAUGCUUAUUGCUACAACCCACAUGCAAAGGAGUGUGGUGGUGUCUUCACAGAUCCAAAGCAAAUUUUUAAAACUCCAGGCUUCCCAAAUGAGUAUGAUGAUAACCAAAUCUGCUACUGGCACAUUAGACUGAAGUAUGGUCAGCGUAUUCACCUGAGUUUUUUGGACUUUGACCUUGAAGAUGAUCCAGCUUGCUUGGCUGACUAUGUUGAAAUAUAUGACAGUUACGAUGAUGUCCAUGGCUUUGUGGGAAGAUACUGUGGAGAUGAGCUUCCAGAAGACAUUAUUAGUACAGGAAAUGUCAUGACCCUGAAGUUUCUAAGUGAUGCUUCAGUGACAGCAGGAGGUUUCCAAAUCAAAUAUGUUGCAGUGGAUCCUCUAUCCAAAUCCAGUCAAGGAAAGAAUACAAGUACUACUUCUCCUGGAAAUAAAAACUUUUUAGCUGGAAGAUUUAGCCAUUUAUAAAGCAAAGAAAGACAUUCCGCAUUUAUGUUUCUAUCUUUUGGAGCCCCUUUGAUCUCACUUUUAUAUUAUUAUUAACAUUUAUUUAUUAUUUUUCUAAAUGUGAAAGCAAUACCUGAUAAUUUGGGGAAAAUUGGAAAAUACAGAAAACUUUAAAUGAGAGAAUAAAAUCUCCCAUAAUCCCAUUGCAUAAAAAUAACAAGCACUAACAUUCAUAUAUUUUUCUUUUAGUCAUUUUUUGAUGUGUGGUAUAUGUAUAUAUGUAUCUAUAUGUAUUUGUAUUUCAAAUUUUGGAAUGCUGCUUACAUACAAUUUGAUAUCUUGGAUUUUUUACCAUUGAACUUUACGGUGUACACGCUUUCCCCUAUCAUUGAGUAUUCUGCAAAAACAUGAUUUCAUUUACAGUAUUCUGUAAACUGCCCAUGCUAUGAUUGUUCCAUACUUUAUGUAAGCCUGUCUUUAUUGUGGGAAUUAUAGGUAGUUUUCAUAAAUAUUGUUUCAAUAAACAUCC